AUGGGUACAUCAAGCACACUGAGACCCGCUGAAGUCGCGGCAGCGUUUGUCGAGCUGGCCGUCAUAAAACACAGGACGCGUCUUGAUAUCAUUUUCUUCAAGGCCUUUCUUGCGGGAGUGAUGCUUUCGUUCGGAGGCUUGCUUUCGGAGGUCAUACAGGGCGGUGCACCUGGUCUCAACACUUCAAAUCCCGGAAUUGUCAAAGUCUUGGGCGGUUUUGUCUUUCCAGUGGGUUUGGUAAUGAUUGUGCUGCAGGGACAGGAGUUGCUGACAAGUAACAUGAUGAUAUUUCCUAUGGCUGUGAUGAAACAUGCUAUCCCAUGGUGGAGCUUGCCGCUCAACUGGCUAGUCGUCACUUUUGGAAAUCUUGUUGGCUGUCUCUUCUUCGCCGCGAUACUCGUCAAGUACUCGGGCGUCUUAUCCACCGCCCCGUAUGACACGUUUGUCCAGACGUUCGCUAUGUGCGCAAUGACCUUGUUCCUACAUGGUAUAUCUUACUCACAUAUGCUCUCACGAUCGAUUGUUAGCCAUAAAGCCGGUGAUCCGGAGUGGCAUCAAAUAUUUUUGCGAGGGAUAGGGUGCAAUUGGCUUGUCAGCGUUGCUGUUUGGCAAGCUGCAGGGGCGACAGAGACUAUCUCGAAGGUAUUUGCAAUCUGGAUCCCAAUAUGGAUUUUUGUAGCAUGCGGAUAUGAUCAUGUGGUGGCAAACAUGUUUUCGGUCCCUCUGGGUAUCAUGUUCCACGCCAAUUUGACGACGGCUGAAUACAUCCGAAAAUCAUUCAUCGCGGCUUACAUUGGCAACAUCGUUGGAGCGCUUUUUGUUGCAAUUCCAGCGGUCUACUUCUAUCUGAGUGACUACCGCGCAGGUGGGCUCGUCGAUGCUGAGGCAGGAGGGGCAUAUGCGGAAAAGAUGACAGAGAUACAAUCGGAGGCCGAUGGUAAUGGGCACAAGAGAGAGGAUUGA